AUGGCUUUGUCUCUUCCAAACCAACAUAUUCAAAAUUAUUGCACUCUGGAUCAAGUUAGAUUGAAAGAGAAAAAUGUUCUCGUGAUUGGAAAUGAAGGAGAGGGAAUCCCUUAUCCUUUACUUCAAAUAGUAGACCAAGGAUUGUUCAUAAAGUCAGGGAAAGGCGUGGCUCAAGACGACUAUGUGGAUAGUCUUAACGUGAGUGUUGCUACAGGAAUAACACUUCAAGCCCUUUUCAACAACAAUAGCAACAACAUUAACAACAAAAAUAAUGAUGAUAAUAAUGAUAACAGUGCCAAUAACAUCAGAUGAUGCACGGUGUUUAAUCAUAUUCGAUUAUGGAAUAAUUAUGAUUUUAAUUAUUAUAACUUCUAUCUGAAAUUGUUAAAUCAUAAGCACUAGCUUUAACAUCAUAAAUAUUAUCUUCAACAUCAACAAUAAUAGCUUCAAUAUCACCAAUAUAAGCUUCAACAUCAACAAUAGUUCUAUAUCACCAAUAUAAGCUUCAACAUCACCAAUAUAAGCUUAAACAUCAACAAUAGCAGCUUCUAUUUCACCAAUAUAAGCUUCUAUAUCACCAAUAUAAGCUUCAACAUCAACAAUAGUAGCUUCUAUUUCACCAAUAUAAGCUUCAACAUCAACAAUAGAAGCUUCUGUUUCAGAACCAUUGAUAAAGCACAGAAAAGUCCUCAUUACCAAAUCAACAAUAUUGAUGAAAUCUUAAUGUUGUUUUUUUAUCACUUAUUUUUAUUUUUUCA